GCUGCCACCACCGGGAAAUAGGAGCGGCAAGCCGAGGCAAACCCAAAGGAAAAGAAAGAGGGGCUCGCCAUUUCCCCACUUUCCUCUCUCUUUUUCCAAUCCCAGGCAAAGGUUUUCUCUCGCAAUCCGAGGUUUCCCGUUUCGACCAGACCCCAAGAUCGCCAAUGGCGACGACGUUCGACCGCUGGGAGAAAGACCCAUUCUUCCUCGCCGCCGAGGAGGUCCAGGAAUCCGCCGACCGGAUGGAAUCGGUGUACAAGAUAUGGGUGCAGGAGAGGAGCGGCGACCCGGAGGCGGCCCUCGGCGGAGAGGUCAGCGCCGUCGAGCUGCGCCGCGAGCUGCACACCGCGCUCGGCACCGCCAAGUGGCAGCUUGAUGAGUUAGAGCGUGCAAUCAGAUCAAACGACGAGGUUGUCUCGGCUGGAAAGGAUACACGAGCGCGGCAUAGUAACUUUGUUUCGGCAAUCGGCUAUCGCAUAUUAGAGGUUGAGAACAACUUGAAAGAGUCCAAUGUGGCAGAUGGGAAGGGCAGACUAAGCUGGAUUCAGCUGGAUGACAGUGAACGGGACGACCUUGCGGCUUUCUUGCUUGCAAGCCCUCUUCAGCAGCGGGAUAAAGUUGUCACAAUCCCAUCUGCUGGCGAUAUUCAAGUGGGCAACAAUUCAGCAAGGGUGAGAAAAAAUAUUUCAGCCGACAGCUCCAAUGAUUCAUCUGGCUCUGCGGAGUUAAGCUCAGCGAGAGCAAUAGAAGAUGCACACCGUGGGCACAGAAGGUCAGUAAGUGCCAAUGCUGAUAUUGGAUUGUCAACUAUGUCAUUUCCAAAUGAACGAGAGGGCGCUGCUCAACAAUCGUCUAAUGGCCCACAAUUGCUGAAUAUUGUGAAGAAGUGUGCAUUGACGAGUGCCCUGAAACCUAAUCCUGCAAUUAAGUACAAGAAAGGAGCUGUCAGGUGGGCACGCGCUGACAAACAGGAUGUUGAAGAGGCAAUCCCUCUCAGAAGCUCUCAGUUUGAUCAGGGCUUAGAUGGGUACUCUGAAAGAAGCAAGAGUUGCUUAAAUACCAGCAUUGUGGUUACAUGCAAUAAGAAACUUUAUGGUUGGCUGGGAGCACUGCGCAGGAAACUUCGCGGAUCACAGUAUCAAGUUCGAUAUGGGCGUCCUGUUCAAUUGAUUGUGUUCAUACUUGCUGUUCUCAUAAUAUUUGUGUGUGUAUUCAAGACAAUAUGGUGAGAAUUAUUCAUGAGCUGAUGAUUGGGUUAGAGCCUCACCGCUCACCAGACCAGCAACUUAGAAGGGACCAUAUAUUGCUCACCAGACCAGCAGCUUAGAAGGGACCAUACAUGUCAUGUCAUUAUGACUUGGUGAACAGGAGCUUGAGGCGUGCACAUAUGGAAAACAUGGCAGACCGUUUCUGGUAAUCCAGGUUCGAAUGAAUGAAGAAUGGCUGAAUCGGAGCAAUUCACCUCGCUACGUCUUUGGGUCAACUGGGCUUCACCAUGGGAUAUGCACUAAUGGUGUUUUUUUAUGAUGUUCCUAGUAUCAGUUGACCUCUGCGUAAUGGUAUGCGCUGUGAUCAUGCCGGAUUGAAGGUGCAGCUAGCAACAGGAAAUUCGACCAUGGGCUGUGAUUACGCAAUUGCCUAUGGGGGCUUAGUUAGGAAAUUGAGAGGGAUGUUAGUUUUCUCUGUGGGUUUUGUACUGAACCAGUUGGUUCUUGAUACCGUAGCGUUCGGUUAAGUGAUAUGUGAGAUGCUAGAAUAAUUCUACCGGAAUCUUCUUGAACUGUAAUAAUGCAUGGAUAACAGAGCAAGAAGCUCGUUCGUCCUUUUUGUUCGGCUGUUU